CAUGGGGGCAAUUCACUCGGGAGGAUCAGUCCUCUCGCUUGCUACCAGAACAAUCCCGGUUACAGAGAGAAUAGUGUCUCGAAGAGAAAGUAAGGAAAGGGAGUGGGUAGCGUGAGCACACCCUAGAGCUUCACCGGAAUUGACAAUGGCGCCAACUUCCUCGGAGGAGGAUGAAGAAGCAAGCUCCGGGGGAGCUAUCCUUGCCACUUCACCAUCUCGGUGUCGCAAUAAAGCUGAGAGAAUGUGGUUGGUUUACACCGAGCGUCGUCGGGAUGCGAUGAGUUUGCUGAUCUUGUUGAGGUUGGUAGAAGGGGAUCGAUGGAUAGUUGCUUCGUUUCUUGAGCAAUUGCCCCCACGCGGUGAAGUCUCCCUACCAAUCUGGUUAGUUGUGACGAGAGUGGAGUGUUCUGUGGGACCACCUAGAGUCCGAUAUUUGAGACGCAUCAUCAAUGAGGUGCCGGUGUGCGUUUGCCUGCUUUGACUCGGAGUUGCUUUCGGAGACUCUGGUGUAGACUUUUCUUUCGGGGCGCCCCUCAAUCACCUCAAAUUUGGAAGGAUUAAAGGCAGGUUGAUUCUGACGAUCCUAAGUGUUUUAGGCGUUUUGAGAAUUUGGCAGUGGGACUUCAUAGAUUAGUCACAGGUCAAUAGACACGGGAGGUAGUUCCGGAGAAACAUGGCAGGAAAAAUUAGAGUGAGUCAGCUGCUCAUCGCGUUCAUGAUAAUUGUAUUUGUCGGCCUGCCAUAUUUCCUUGAAUUUGAGAAUUUAUCAGUCCAGAACCUUCAAUCCAUGAUUUCAAAUUCCAGUACCUCGUCUCUACGAUGCAACGACUCAAUCAAGCUGGCGAAUUUUCUCACGGAAGGGGAGUUGAAGGAGUUACGAAGCAUUUUCGCUCGAGCCUCCAUGCCGAACAAAACAGUCAUUAUAACGACUCUGAAUGAGGCAUGGGCAGCAGAGGGUACCAUGAUAGACCUCUUCCUUCUUAGCUUCCGCCGCGGGGAGAAUAUCACCCAUUUGCUUAACCACGUGGUGAUCGUCACACUGGACCAGAAGGCUCAUGAACGAUGUGUGCAUCUGCAUCCUCACUGCUUCAGAUUACGGACAGAUGGAGUUGAUUAUUCUGCGGAGAAGAAAUUUAUGACCGAGGAUUACCUGAAGAUGAUGUGGAGGAGGAUCGAGUUCCUUGCGGGUGUGCUUGAGAUGGGAUACAGCUUUGUUUUCUCAGACGCAGACAUUCUCUGGUUUCGUGACCCCUUCGCUAUUUUUUCCGAUGACAAAGAUUUUCAAAUUGCAUGUGACAAGUACUCCGGCGGUUCUUCUGAUGUGAUGACGAAUGCACCAAAUGGAGGGUUUGUUUACGUUCGCUCUAGCAAACAGACCAUUGCAAUGUAUAGGUAUUGGUAUGCAGCCAGAUUGAGAGUCCCUGGAAAACAUGACCAGGACGUCCUAGGCAUUGUCCUUCGGGAGCAAUGUUUUGAGCGAUUGGGAGUCAAGAUUCGAUUUCUGGAGACACUUUACUUUUCAGGCUUCUGUCAGGUAAGCAAGGACAUCAAACAGGUGGUUACCAUGCACGCGAACUGUUGCAAAGGCGGCCUAAUCAAUAAACUCACGGAUCUCCAACUUGCGCUUGAUGAUUGGCGCGUUCAUAAUGGUUUAAAGCCCUUUACGCGUGAUGAAAGACCCAGGAUUGUUGAGAAUUGGAGGGUUCCUUUUUCAUGUCGUCGUCCAAAGCGAUCAUGGUGGAGAUUAUUCUCACGUAAUUUGUAGAAUAUGUGUAGAAUUUCGUUGAUUUAGCUCUAUCUGAAAUGCAAGAUUAAUCCGGAAAUCCAUCAAAAUAAUGUGGUUUUUUUUUAAAACAUAUACACACAUAUGAUUCAUGCUCCUCAGGGGUUUUGUUA